AUGUAUCAAGAAAGUGGAUAGUGGUCAGUGUCAUAAGAAGCUUAAACUAUUUAUCAAUAGGAAUUUGAUAACCUAACUUAAGAAUAAAAAAUAUAAAAAGGACUUUUAAUCACGAGUAAAUUUAUAUAAGGUACAUUAUCUUCAGAAGAAGAAAAUAUAAUUAUUCCUGAUGACCUUCAAAGUUUCACAUUUUAAAACAUUGAGGUAAGUCCGUACCCUACUUAAUCUAAAAAAGUUAUGAAAUACGUUGAAACAGAUAUUCUAUAAAAAUUCCUUAAUAAGAAUGAUUUUAUUUAAUCCAAUAAUAUUUAUUCUGUAAUAUUUGUAAAUAUGGAAGAUCUUUCAUAUCAUAACUUUGAAAACAUUCUUAAUCUAGAUUACCUUUUCAAUAAUGUCAAAUUCCAACUAAAAGCAGUAAAGACUAUGAAAAAAUAGAAAUUAUAACUUUUUAAAAUCAACGGAUCAACAGAUGUACUCCUUUCUUUAGAUAAACUCAAUUUAUAUACUCAACCUUUAAAUAAUUCAUAAAGAGGAGGGAACAGAUUAAUUUUUCACUCAAAUCAACUUUCUUACAGCUUAACAAAAAUGAUUUAAGAAAGUAAAUUUUUUGAUUUAAAAAAUUUUAGGCACGUAAAUAAUGUUUUUAGACUGAAUAAUUUUGCGCCUGGAGAUAAAAAGUUCAAAUCGCAUUAUGAUACUCCAUUCUCUGAUAGAUCAUAAAAAUUAUAUUCUAAAUAUACUAUGUUAAUUUACUUAACAGCCAACAAGCAAAUAAACUCAAACUAGCCUCCUCUUACUAUUGAAGAUUUUGUGAUUGACUAAAUUUAAGAAAACAGCUGUAUUAUUUUUGAUUAGAAAUGUAAACAUGAAGGUAAUAGCUACUUAGAUAAUCAUAAAAUAUUUAUCAGAACUGAAUUAAUUUAUUUGAUUGAAGAUUAAAUCUAAGACAAUGAUGUAGCUAGAGUAUUUAAUAUGGCCUGCUAUAUGACUAAAGAACUUAAUUACCAGUAAUAUUCAGCAGAUUUAUUUAAUAAGUGUGUUAAAAUGAGAUAUAAUAUCAAAUAAGAUGAUGAUAAUGCAUUAGAAAAAGUAUUCUUAAUGAAGAGAAAUUUAGAAAUUAUUUAUAUCACUGAUGGAAAUUAUUAUUGGUUUCCUAAACACAUCCCCUUAUAAUUAAUAGCAAUUCUAAUAAUUUUAGAUUACUUUAAUGGAAGAGUGUAUGACCUUAACAAUGUUAAAAUUUAAUCGAAACCUAUUAAUCUGAAAUAAUAAAUUUAAGAUGGUAGCGAUGAGAGUAUUUUUAAAUUACUUGAACUAACAAAUUUUUAUGAUGAAUCAAUACAAGUAGAGAAAGCAUAAGAUUUAUCAAAAUUAAAUGAUUUUAUUCCAAAUAAUUUAUGUGAGGAUUUUGAUGUUUUUUCUCAUGACUGUGGUAAAAAAAGUAUUACAUCUAAAAGUGCUUUUAAAUUUGAGAAAAGAAAAUCAAUAAACUAAUUAUAAAGUGUUUUUGAUUAAAAUCCUGUUUUAAUAUUUGAUAAUAUUAUAAAAAUUAAUUAUAGUCAGAUAGUAAUUCAAAAAGAUGAUUAGAUAAGUGGGAAAAUAAAAUUUAAUGAAAUCUACUUAAAUUCAUUGAAUCAAAUUAAUUUUGCUUCUUCAUAUGUUGAAUGUGGCUGUGAAUAAUAAUAUGAUGAGGAUGAUGUAGUAUUAUUUAAAGAUAAAAAAAUACACACUUUUCACCUUCCAAAUAUUCCAUUUCAAAUAUUUGAAAAAGGAAUUAAGUUAUCUAUUGAUAUUUUUAAUAAUGGGUUUAUCUAUCAUUCGACUUAAAGUUUUGAAUAACCAUACACAAAUGAGGAGGAACUGAAAUAAUAAAAUGAUGAAUCGGAUGAAAAUGAAGACAACGAAUCUGAUGAAAAUGAAAACAACGAAUCUAAUGAAAAUGAAGAGAGCGAAUCUAAUGAAAAUGAAGACAGCGAAUUUAGUGAAAAUGAAUAUACAAUGGAAGAAGAAAUUUCAAGUAACUGA